UUGACGUGUUACAUUAAAUCGAUUCGUCCUUUAUAUGUAAAAACAAGUUUUUCACCAUCUCACUCCAUCAUCUCAAGGUUGUGCACACUUUUAAAAAUACAGUAGUAGAUACAAACAGUCGGUGUCGCUGAGCAAUGGCUGAAGCAGCUGAUGUGUCUGCUGGUGUAAGGCUACUUCAAGCAUCACAUCGUAUCAGGCCCAGAAGACCCCAGCUGAAGCCACAAGAUGUCGAGGAGAAAGUUCCAAAAAUUAUUAUUCAAAGGCGACCCCCCAGGAGGCCCAAGCUGCCCGAUGGUAGUGUGUUUACACCCAGCACUCCUGGAUCCUCAGCUCGACCAACUGUCCAGCCACAAACAUCCAGCAUUGUUGAUCAUGAUACUGUUGUUACUUCUACUGUGCCAAGUGUCAGCUCGACAAGACCAUAUUUCGUGACCAACCAACACAUCGAAGAGCUCAACGAACGCUUUCUGAAGCUUGAUCUGAGCCAAGAGUCUUUUGAGGAUCCGUCUAUGGCGAGCUGUAUUUCUUCAACUCAAAAACGUGUUCAGGAUAGUAAAAGAAAUAGGAGGCCAAGAGGUAGAGCAAUAAAGAAGUCUUCUCAAAUUCAUGAUGAAAGCUUGAUUCUAGAGAAUGGGGAAGUUGAUGCCCAUGCUAGCACUUCUAAUACAAGUGUCACCAAUUCUAGCGAACCUAAGGAAGGUAAGAAAAAAAAUCAUUUUUACCUCCAAAGUUUGCAAAGGGACAAAAAACCUCCAAAAUCUCAGAAGGAUGCACCUGAAGGCGAUGCAUCGCAAGAGGAUGACAAAAAGCUCAGCAAUGUACCCCCAACACGCAAAGAACUCAGAGAAAAGAAGAAGAAAGAGAAGAAAAUAUUUAACGAGCAUCUGCCAAAGGAAAUAGUGACAAAACUUUUAGCUGUACAAAAUCCUGACAUUCCAAAUAUUGUUGUUGGCUGUAUACGAAUAAAUCCUAGGUGUUAUCAAAAUGCUUACAUAUCGCUGACAAAUGGUGAACAAGACAUACUAAUAAAUGGUUUGAAAGAUCGUAAUCGUGCUUUGGAAGGGGAUUUGGUUGCUGUAGUUAUAAACAGUAAAGAAAGGUGGUUCAAAUGUAGUGAAGGUACUUAUCAAAGGACUGGCUCGGUUGUGUGUAUUUUAGAAAAAUCCCACCCGAGAAAGGCAGUUGGCACCCUUAAAAAACAAGACGUAUUUGUGUUCUUCCAACCAAGAGACUCAAGGGUACCAAUCAUGAAAAUUAACCCAAGAACUGUUCCUGCUAAUUUUUAUGCCAAUCCAGAGAUCUAUGAAGAAACUCUAUUUUUAUGUGAUAUAGUUGGCUGGAAUAAUGUAGCCUUUGCUGAAGGAGAAGUACAAAGUAUACUUGGGAAUAAAGGAGAUUUGAGAAUCGAGACUAAUGCUAUUUUAUUCGAGAACGAUUUAAUUUUGACGCCAUACCCAGACGAGUUAUUAACGGAUCUUCCACCUCAAGACUACGUUCCAACCGAAGCAGAUCUUGUAGACCGAGAUGAUUUUAGGAAAACUUGUGUAUUUACUAUCGAUCCUGCCACUGCUGUAGACUUGGAUGACGCUUUGUCUUGUAGGCCAUUAGAAAAUGGAAAUUUUGAGAUUGGUAUACACAUAUCGGACGUAACACACUUCUUGGAGGCAUUUUCUCCACUUGACCGUGUGGUUGCGGAACGUGCAACGACGGUAUACAUGGUUGAUAACGUUUAUCACAUGUUACCAAAACAAUUGUGCUUAGUAUGCUCGUUAUUGCCAGGCCAAGACAAAUUGGCCUUCUCUGUAAUGUUAGAAGUCAAUCCAAUGGGUGAAAUACUGAAUUGCCGUUUCUGCAAGUCUGUGAUAAACUCCUGCUGCCAGAUGUCGUAUCAACAAGCGCAGAUCAUGAUCGAUAAUGAUGAGUAUGAUUGGGAAAAAGAUGGCUCGUUGAAGAUCCAUGGAGAUUACACUCCAGCUGAUUUGACUAAGAUUGUGAAAAAUCUGUAUCAAAUAUCCAGGCAUUUGAAUAAAAAGAGAUUUGAUGAAGGAGCACUCAAAAUCGAUCAACCGAAAUUGUAUGUGACUCUGGACGAAAAUGGCAUACCAGUUUCGUAUAACCUUGAAGAGAGGAGAGAGAGCAACAGUCUCAUUGAAGAGUUCAUGUUGUUAGCAAACAUGUCAGUUGCCAAACAUUUAUACGAAACCAUGCCUGAAUUAUCGUUACUGCGUUCUCACGCUGAACCGUCCGAAAGGAUACUGAAAAAAACCCAAGAACUUUUAUUGAAAUUUGGCGUCAUUUUAGAUGUCGAGUCAGCUGGAACAUUGCAUAAUAGCCUGAUGAAUUGGCACCAGGCCUGUAUAGAUAGCGGUCCAAAUGGUACUGAUGUUUCUCAGUAUCGGUGGAUGGUGAUAAACAGCCUAUGUGCAAAGUCUAUGGUGCGAGCUGUGUAUAAAUGCUCAUCGGGAGUCAAGAUACCGGAUGAGUUGAGACAUUAUGCAUUAAAUACCGAGUUUUAUACACAUUUUACGUCACCAAUAAGAAGAUAUCCUGACUGCAUAGUUCAUCGUUUACUCUAUGCAUCAAUAAAAAAUAUACCCUUACCGGAUGAGUGGACAUCCCAAGUUUGUGCCAAGGUUGCCAAAAAUUGUAACGUAAAAAAGCAUUCAGCAAAACAGGCCCAAGAACAAAGUAAUACGCUAUACUUUACAUAUAUGUUGGAUCUAAAGGGUUCAAUGAACGUAAUGGCCAUCGUUAUGGAUGUAAAAGAAAGAUCUGUAGACACGAUGCUCUGCGACACUGGGCUGAAGGUUCGAUUGUAUUUUGAUGAUACAUUGGAAGAAACAACUCACACGUUCAAGAUCGAGAACGAAGUACCAUCCGUAAAACUCACAUGGAAAGAACGCGGAAUCGUGCAAGAGAUUGAAAUAUUUAGUAUAUUGAGGGUAAAAAUAACGAAGCACGGCCAAUUGUUCAGAUUACAAGGUAUAAUAUUGCCCCCGGUGCCAUGGCAAGAAUUGUAAAAAGUAUCAUUAAAUUAAUUGAGAAUGUACAUUUUAAAUGCAUAUCGAGCUUUAUUGAAUUAUUCGGACUUGGAUCACGUUUUUAUAAUUUAUAGAUAAAGACAAGACAAUUUUUGUAAAAAUGGAACGCUUAAUCAUCUUCGUAAACAAGA